GCACAACAUGGAAUCCUCCAGAUCGCCCAGAAGCUCCAAGCACCACCAUUCACGCUCAAGGUCUCACUCCAGGGACAGAAAACGGAACAGGAAGCACAGGCGGAGUCGCAGCAGGAGCAAAGAGGUAACUAAUCACUCGCUUCAUUCCUUUAAUUUAAAAGCACAUUUUGAUGUGUUUUUCUUUUCGAAGCGCGUCAGUCGUUAGUGGUUGUUAAUUAGGCGGCCAUGGUGAGUAUUGGAUCAGUGUUCCCCAACCAUGGACCACUUACAUAUUGCAAUAUUUCCCCCGUAUUAGUAUUGCGUCAUAUACAGGGCAUUCGGAAAGUAUUUGCAGCAUUUCUUUUAUACCACAUUUUGUUAAAGCUUUAUUCCAUGCUUUGACUGUUUUUGAUAACUAUUCGUUAUCCGAUUCAUCAUCUCAUCCCUAGACAUAAGGAAGUACAGUAUUGGGCAAAGGGUGUGAAUACUCAUUGACAUACAAUUUUUCUGUCGUAAUUUUUUUUUUUUUUUUAAUAAACGGGAAAACAUUUCUGAACAACUUUUUUUUUUGGGGGGAGAGGGAUCUGUCAUUAUGGGGUGUUCUGUGUAGAAAUUUUGAGGGAAGAAUGAAUUGUUCCAUUUUGGAAUAAGGCUGGAACAAAACAAAAUGUUGCAAAAGCCCUUUGAGUACUUUGUGGAUGCUGUGUAUAUAUGGUGGGUAUCAACAUUUAAAAACAAAGGUUGGGGAUCGCUGAGUGAGAUGACAAAAUUAAGUCAGAAAGGAAUCGAUGAGCGCGGGUAUUAGAUUUAAUCCUCGGAUAUGUGUUAUUUGCAACCAUAUUCUGUGGUGAUUAGAUAUCUUUUAUUUAUUUUUUUACUUUUGUAAAAUUGUGUGCAUAGACCACAUGAUAACAUUUCUACAAUAAAUCACACUCAGCGUGCUAAAGCACGAAGAGACUGAACAGAGGAGCCUGCUGACAUAGCAAAAUAAUAUGUCUACCACGGGGACAGAGACCCACUUCUUCUUGAAACAGGCACGAAAGAGAGAGCCGGAGAAGUCGUCCAAAUCGCAUAAGCAAGCGGACGAGCACCACGAGAGGCUCUCGGCCGAGGACGGCGACGAGCGGUCGCGGCGCAAAGACAGAAGGUCGCCCAGGGGUCGCAGCUCGUCCCGGUCGCAUUCGCGCGACAGGCGGCAUCGUAGCAGGAGCCGAGACAGACGACGCUCCUCGCGAUCGCACAGCCGCGACAGGAAGAGGAGGGUUCGCUCUCGGUCACGUUCCAGGUCCAAGCACCGGUACCGUAGCAGGAGCCGCAGCAGGAGCAGGAGCAGGGAGCGAAAGAAAAAGAGCGAAAAGGUGCGCAAGAGGAGUCGAAGCGGCUCCGCUAAUCCGCCCAUCUUCCGGGGCCGCAAUACAGCCAUGGAUGCGCAAGAGGCCUUAGCCAGAAGGUUAGAGCGAGCCAAGAAGCUCCAGGAGCAGAAGGAGAAGGAGUUGUUAGAAAAACGUCAGCAGGAGGUUGUUGGAGCGACCUCUCCGGUGGCCUCUCCAGUUGCCGCCACAGCCGCCCCGACGGCCGUCUCGACUGUGGCCACCUCAGCCAACCACGCCCUCAACGUGGCCGCCCUGCUGGCGUCGGGCACACAGGUGACGCCGCAGAUCGCCAUGGCGGCGCAGAUGGCGGCGUUGCAGGCGAGGACGCUGGCCGAGACGGGCGUAGCCGUGCCCAGCUACUACAACCCGUCUGCGGUCAACCCCUCCAAGUUUGCAGAGCAAGAGAAGAAGCGCAAGAAACUGUGGCAGGGCAAGAAGGAUGGGGAUAAGUCCCAGACGGCCGAGUUGUGGGAGAAUCUCAACUUUGGUAACAAGGACCAAAAUGUCAAAUUUCGCAAAUUAAUGGGUAUUAAGGCUGACGACGAGGGAGAAGUGUCCAAACCGCUCAAUGACGAAGGCCUGAAGACCCUUCAGAAACAGGAGGAGAUGUUCCGCAACCUGGACGUGCAGUAUGAGAUGGCCCGAUCGCAGACGCACACCCAGCGUGGCAUGGGCCUCGGUUUCUCCUCUGCGUUUUCUCGCGGAAUGGAUUCCAUCUAGGGGGUCUGUGCGGGACUAUGUUUCAAUUUAUUCCUGGAGGAUGGUGUAAAUAACAAGAAGUUCUAUCAAUGCAUACCUGGCUCAAAAUGGACAGCGCUACUUUCGAAUAGAGCUGUGGUAGUAAUUGUUAUUGUUUGUUUUUUUACAGUUGGAAAUUGAAACCACAGUACUCCCAAAAAGGUUUGGAAUAUUGGCCUUUUGGGCUCAUGGGACUCCAGUCUUUCUCUAAAACUGAGAGCCUGAGUUACAGAAAGGCAUAGACGUGAACAGACUUGGAAAUUUCGAAAUUGCUUUGUGAAUCAAAACCCUGUUGUCAAUUCAUCCAACAGGGAGCCAAAGAGCAAAACGUAUGCAAAGAAUACUGAAACAGUUCACUGUUGGACCAGCAUGCAAAAGUCGAAAGAAGGUCAAAUUAAGUUCGCAUGGUUCACUCAUUCUGAAGAUGUACCUGAAAGACCAAUCUGCCUAACUUUUUGGGAGUACUGUACCGUGUGUGUUUGGAAACUGAACUGCGUACAAUGUGAACACUAUUUAUAGCUUCUUAGCAACAAAAAAAGUGUCUAAUACCCCAAAUUUCAGAAGUGUUUGAAGAAGAAAAAGACCCGUGAAACAUUUUAAUCUACAAAUGCUCAUUAGAAUUUGUUUGCUUGUCGCCUUGUAUUUUUUUUUUUUUUUUUUUUUUUUAGUUUUGUCCCUGAUAGGAAAAAAAGAUGUCCGCUCCUGCUUCCAUGACUGACACAAAUUUAAAAAAAUAAGGCAUUUGGGUUCAUCCCUGAAUUCCAACACACCCCAAAUAAAAUAAAAUGUCAGAAGGC